CCUCCGUUGCCCACGUGGCCUGGGACGUCAAUUUUUGCAUGGCAGCCUCCAGGAAGCAGUGACAAUCCCAGGCACAGCUGAGCUUGUUACGGGAGAGCAAAGGGCCAACUGGUAUUUGUUCCAUCAAAGGCUAGAGGAAUCAGGACUGGAGGGGAAAGCUACAAAGAGCAGGUAGGAAUAUGAGUCCCAAGAUUACUACAGAGCUGCUCAGGCAGCUGCGACAGGUGAUGAAGAGCUCCAAGUACGUCACAGAGCCCAUCCAAGCCUAUAUCGUGCCGUCCGGAGAUGCACACCAGAGUGAGUACAUCGCGCCCUGUGAUUGCAGACGGGCAUUCAUCUCCGGAUUUGAUGGCUCUGCAGGUACUGCCAUUAUAACCGAGCAAAAAGCAGCCAUGUGGACGGACGGACGCUACUUCCUGCAGGCAGCACAGCAAAUUGAUAGCAACUGGACGCUCAUGAAGAUGGGUCUGAAGGAUACGCCAACUCAGGAGGACUGGCUAGUGAGUGUGCUCCCAGAGGGCUCAAAAGUUGGAGUGGACCCUUUCAUUAUUCCAGCUGAUCAGUGGAAGAGGAUGUCUAAAGCACUGAAGAGUGCCGGCCAUGUACUUGUGCCAGUCAAAGAGAACCUGAUCGAUGCAAUCUGGAUGGAUCGCCCCCAGCGACCCUGCAAACCUCUGAUUACCCUGGACCUGAGUUACACAGGGAUAGGCUGGAAAGAGAAGAUUGCAGCUCUGCGUGCGAAAAUGGUUGAGAGAAAAGUCCUUUGGCUUGUGGUUACAGCCCUAGAUGAGGUAUCUUGGCUGUUUAACCUCCGAGGCUCAGACGUUGAAUACAAUCCAGUAUUUUUUGCUUACGCUGUCAUAGGAACCGAUACAAUCAGGCUGUUUAUCAGUGGCGACCGCAUGGCAGACCCGUCCACGAGGGAACAUCUGCUGCUUGAUUCUUCCCUGGAGGCUGAGUUUAAAAUCCAGGUGGUGCCGUAUGAAUCUGUCCUGACGGAGCUGCAGGCCAUCUGUGUGGGUCUCUCCCCCAAGGAGAAAGUGUGGCUCAGUGACAAAGCCAGCUAUGCCCUGACCGAGGCCAUCCCCAAGGCUCACCGCUACCUCACCCCGUGUACCCCCAUAUGCAUUGCGAAAGCUGUGAAGAACGCAGCUGAAAUAGAAGGCAUGAGAAGAGCACACAUUAAAGAUGCUGUCGCUCUGUGUGAGCUCUUUAAUUGGCUAGAGAAAGAGGUUCCAAAGGGAUCUGUUACUGAAAUAUCAGCUGCGGACAAAGCAGAGGAGUUUCGCAGCCAACAGAACGAUUUUGUCGACUUGAGCUUUGCUACGAUUUCGAGCACGGGUCCGAACGGUGCCAUCAUUCACUACAAGCCGGUUCCUGAGACCAACAGGGCUUUGUCUGGAAAUGAGAUCUACCUCCUGGAUUCUGGUGCUCAGUACAAGGAUGGCACGACAGAUGUGACUCGGACAAUGCAUUUCGGCACCCCAUCGGCUUACGAAAAGGAGUGCUUCACCUACGUCCUGAAGGGUCAUAUAGCUGUGAGUGCAGCCGUCUUCCCUAACGGAACCAAAGGUCACCUUCUGGAUUCUUUUGCCCGCUCUGCAUUGUGGGACUGUGGUUUGGAUUAUCUGCAUGGCACAGGACACGGAGUUGGGUGUUUCCUUAAUGUGCACGAGGGUCCAUGUGGCAUCAGCUACAAAACCUUUGCAGAUGAACCCCUGGAAGCUGGCAUGAUAGUUUCUGAUGAGCCUGGGUAUUAUGAAGAUGAGUCUUUUGGCAUCCGCAUAGAAAAUGUGGUACUCGUGAUCCCUGCCAAAACCAAGUACAACUUCAGUAACAGAGGGAGCCUGACUUUCGAGCCACUAACCCUGGUUCCGAUCCAGACUAAAAUGAUCAAUGUCCCUUUACUGACACAGAAAGAGUGCGACUGGGUGAACGAUUACCACCGGAAAUGCAGGGAGGUGAUCGGGGCAGAACUGAAGAGCCAAGGACGACACGAGGCUCUCCAGUGGCUCCUCAGGGAGACGGAGCCCAUCACCAAAAUGCAUUAAGACCAACUUUUUUUUUAAAAUAAUAACUUUUUACAUGGUGACAGUUAGAAUCAUUCAACCUUAAAAUCCCCCGCCCCUCGUUUUGAAAAAUGAACAUGGAUUGAGGAAGAGCCUUUGAUAACCAUUUGGAAAUAGUGGCGGGAAGCGGGCUUUUUGUUUAGCUUUUGUUUUCCUUUGUGGGGGGACAGGAGCAUUCCCUCUGUGAACAAUUUUUCUGAUAAUGAGCAAAUCUCAAAAGUGAAAUCUUUUGAUUUUGCGGUCCGGGCCUUGCUGAAACAAGCAUUCAAGGAGACAAUAACUGGAGUGUUUUAUACAUUUUGGUUUAUCACUGUGAAAACCCAGUGGUUUUGCAUUCUUGGGUUCCAGUUGCCAAUACACUGCUGACGUUAACUGUUACGCUGAUGAGCCUAUGUUUCUGAUCAGCUAAUAAAAGCUUCAGAGCCCUGAUUUGCUCUGUUGCCUUCAGUCUCUCUGGUCUCUGUCAGAGGUGUAACUGAUUUAAUUGGCCUUUAAACUCAGGGCCAAGCCCAGUCCUCACCCACCAUGGGCUUGAAAUAGACACGCCUUUCCCUGUACUUGGAGUUGGGGCUGGUGUUAAGAAACAUCAUAGGAGUACUCUGCUUUGUGGCAGAUCUCUGCACAGCAUUGCAGACAAAACCCUAGGGAGGUGUGUGCAUGCAAAAGGCCAUGGCUGAACCGCCUGCCCGUAGGCUAUAGUACUGGUCUGUCUACUUCCUAGUGCCGAUCAAUGCAGUAUAUGAUAGUGCAGUGUCAUGGAAUCAUAGCCGUUUCUGUGGUAGGUGUUUAAAGCAAACAGCUAAGGCGGACACAAACCAAACAGGCUUUCACAAUACAUUGUGUUUAUAGCUCAAGUUCCAGCUCAGUCUGACUUUGUGUUAUAUUGACUCCCUGCAGUGAUGUCAUGCUCAGGACACCCAGAACUGUGAGCCACUAUGUUACCCCUCUGCCAUCUCAAGGGAGCACUUUGUUGCUGCUAAGCUCUGUGUCAGCUCUCUGACACACCAGCCUGUCUGCCUUGCCUGCAAACUCUUUGAGACUGUGUGAGUCUAAACCUGGCCUUGCCGGUAAUAAUCAGGGAGCCAGAGUUCCCCAGAGACGUCUCCCUGCAGUGUCCAGUCCCUCUCACUGGACGUGCACAGAAAUGAUUGUUUGCUACAUCCAAAGAGACAGAGCACUCGUCAGCCUAUAAGGUUAGCUGAAGACUCGCAUGUUAUAAUGCAGAGCACUGAGAUGGUUUUGUAAUAAAAUAAGAAUCAGUUUGUUAACAGAGGUUGAGGUGAUACUAAGCAAGAAUAAAAGACAGGUAUGGUUAAAAAUCAACCAAAGCGCACGCUCUAUUGAUUAACAUUUUAUCUUAGCAAGUUGCAAACUUUGCCUAAGCAGUUUUCUUACUGACAUCAAGUUACCAGUAGCCUUAGCCUGCCAGACUAAGAGAUCCAACUUUCAUAGACUCAGGAUCCCCUCAGUGCUGUAUAACUAAAAGGUCCUUUUGCUCCCCUUAUAUUACCCCAAAUCCAGUGUCUCUGCUGCAAGAGUCAAGAAGGCUUCCUAGGGUGCAGAUUCCGUCCCCUAGAGUGAGUGUUAAACUCACUUAAACCUAGGUGUAAAUAGGUAUAUGGGUCCCAAGCCUGUAAAGACAAUAGCUUAGCCAAACUAAGGACAAAGGCCUAAUGACUUGACAUGAGUAACUCAUAUUUGACUCUAUAGCACAGCAUGAGGUUAUAAGUAAGUGUUGCUAAACUGCUGACCAGUAACCACAAGUUGUCAUUUGGUAUCAGCGUUAGCUAUGUUAAGUUAGGAACAUCAGCAGAUGUCUGACCACAAGCAUGACAUAGUAACUAAUUGCUGUAUAUGCUAAUAAACUUGAGGUGAAAGGCCCAGUAACCUCUGGGUACGGUUAAGAUCCUGUCCUGGGUAUUUUUAGUAAAAGUCAGGGACAGGUCGUGGGCAAUAAA